AUGAAGCUAACCGACGUACAUUCCGUCAAUAUCCCUCGGGAGAUCUCUGAUGAUCACAGCCAGUCCACCAAAUUCGAAAUGACAACCCCUAACAGAAUCACCGAGGUCAGCUCCGAUGCUCCAGUCACAAGCGAACACCAAGCACCACAACAUGAAGAGCAUCCUCAGGGGAAUGAGAUCGUGAAGCAGGUCGGUCUUGUCGCUUAUCAUUGGUACUCACGAACAUCUAGCUCACCACUAGCAGAUCNNGAGUACUAUUUCUCCGAUGAAAACCUUCCCAGUGACAAGUACCUUCUCGAUAAGACUGGUGGUAAGGAGAACAAGCCCGUCGACAUCAAGAAGCUCUGCCAGUUCCCGAAGAUGCGCAAGUAUAAGCCUUACAGAUCGGUUGUGGAAUCUCUGAAGAAGAGCACAAUACUCGAGGUCAUCGACAACAAGUACAUCAAGCGUAGAAUCCCGCUCUCUAUCGAACCCACGGUUUCCNCUGAAGAGAUCAAGGUGGCUAUAGAGCAAGAGCAGAAGAAGAAAGGCCCCCGACCUCCCGCGAAUCAACCGUGGAUGACAAAGGGAAUGGUGAGUCGAAAGCGAUCUUAUACUGGGAGACGGCGCCUGACCUUUUGUACAGNNAUGAAACCCACAGGUUUUGAGGAUUUCUUCGCGGAUGCACCUGUUACUCCUGCUGCAUUCGAAGAAGAGCAAUCACUCUUCGACAGAGACAUCUCGUUUGAAACGCGUAUUGAGACAGCCAUCCAGCGUUACCGUGCUCGACGCAAGUUCCACCAGCAAACAGCUCAGGUAUUCAACAAGUUCAUGACCUAUGGUGGCAUCGAGUCCGGUCCCAAGAUGUUCGGUGGAAGCGACAACAGAGAUCUGGCUGAGAUGGACGCCGCACAGAUCGCUGCUCUGACCGCUGUGCACUUCGUUGCAGAGGAUGUUUUGUACUCUGACAGAUGGGAGGUUGACUUCGUUGGAGUGGCAAAGGGUUUCUUUUCAGCGCAGGCGGACAUCGCAAGAGCCACCAACGUUAUGCGCAACUUCUACAACUACUUGCUGCACCACAACGUUUGCCCGGAGUUUGACAGCCAGAUCCAUGCCGCACGCGAGGUCUGCGAUCUUGCAGACGUGGAGCUCUUCAACGUGGUGAUUGCCAAUGAGAGGCUCCCCGGCCCUUUCAACAGAGCAGUCUCAGCUACGCAUGGUGGAACUGUUGCAGGCGUGUACAGCGGUGAGCAGCACUGGGAGAAUCCUGGCACCCCUGACCGUACUCUCCAGGAUUGCCGAGACAUUGUCAAAUUCGCCAUCUCUGCUUACGGAUCCCAACAGCAAUACGAGAAGGUCACGGACGUGGAGAUGUUCGAGACUGUCCACAAAGAACAGAUCAGUCUGGAAGUGACCAAGAUUGAGAUGGCCGACGAAGCGACACGUGCGCUCUAUGAUGCAGCUAGGGAGAAGAAACCGUUCCUCGCCGCCCUCGGCAAGCUCCAUUGUCGUCGUUGGACCUAUCCACUCGCGCCCAGUUUUGAUCAUUCGGAUGAGGCACUCAAACGACAGCAGAGCGAGCACACCAUGACUCUGUGGGUGGAGGAGGAAAUCUUGCAGUACUGUGCUGUGGGUAUGAAGAUUGAAGGUGAGGUGCGCGAGCUUGACAUUGGCAUCAAGUGGCUGGACAGCGUUCGUGCCAUCAGUCCUUCAUUCUUCGAAUGGCUCCCCAACGAGCUCUACAAGGAGGAGAAGGCUCUCAAGGCUGAGAACGAAGCACAGCAGCGCAACAACCAGACCAACGAGACUGAUGAUGCCUCCGAGCCCGUCCACUCGCAGAUUGAGGUGAUUGAAGGUACCGCUGAAGAUAUUGGUUCUCAGGUCGAGGGUCUUUGA